GGUCAUUUAAAGAUGGCCGACUGCUUGGCAGCACGCUUGGCAGCUCAGGAGGAGCAAAUUUGUCUCCUCGCCGGGGAAAUCUCCUCUCUCCGGGACGGACUCAGCCAGAAUUUGGGCCCCGCGGUCGACGCGGAUGUCUCCCCACAGCUGGAGAGCCUGAGGUCGGAAAAUGAGAAGCUCAAGUACCGGUUACUGCACCUCCGCCGCGGUCUGCAGGCGGAACUGGAGAUGGAGCUGGAGAAAGGUGGCAGAGCCGCGGGGGGGAAUGGCAACAAAGGAGGGCAGACGAACAACAAAGCUGCUAAAAAGGUGAGCAGCCCGGAUGCUAAAGCAGGUGACGAGAGCAAGGAGAAGAAGCAGAAUAAAGAACAAUCAAAUGGAUCGGCUGUACAAGAGUUAAAAGCCUGGCCCGCUUAUGUUACCGAGCGCCUCAGCCUCUACGAGGAACUCAAGAAGGAGAGUGACGCUCUCCUGGCCAAAAGAGCUACAGAUGGUAAGGCGAUCAUUGUGGAGCUGCCUGAUGGACGCAAGAUGACAGGCACAUCAUGGGUCACCACUCCGUACCAGCUUGCUAGUGACGUCAGUCAGGGCCUGGCUGACAACGCUGUUAUAUCUCGUGUGAACGGGGAGCUGUGGGACUUGGACAGACCUCUGGAGUGCGACUGCUCUUUGGAGAUCUUACGCUUUGACAAUGAAGAUGCUCAGACAGUGUACUGGCACUCCAGUGCUCACAUCCUGGGGGAGGCCAUGGAGCGCUUCUAUGGAGGUUGUUUAUGUUACGGGCCCCCCAUAGAGAACGGCUUCUACUACGACAUGUUCCUGGAUGGACAAAAAAGUGUGUCCAGCAUGGAGUUUGGUGACCUGGAGACUUUAUGCAAGAGUGUGGUGAAGGAGAAACAGCCCUUUGAGAGGCUGGAGGUUACCAAGGAGACGCUGCUGAAGAUGUUCAAGUACAACAAAUUCAAGUGCCGCAUCUUGAAUGAAAAGGUCACCACCCCAACAACUACAGUCUACAGGUGCGGACCCCUGAUUGACCUCUGCAGAGGUCCCCAUGUGAGGCAUACCGGCAAGAUCAAGGCCAUGAAGAUUUAUAAGAACUCUGCCACCUACUGGGAGGGUCGCUCAGACAUGGAGACGCUGCAGAGGAUCUACGGGAUCUCCUUCCCCGACUCCAAAAUGCUCAAAGAGUGGGAACGUUUCCAAGAGGAGGCCAAGAAUAGAGACCAUCGCAAGAUUGGCAAAGACCAGGAGCUGUUCUUCUUCCAUGAUCUCAGCCCUGGGAGUUGCUUCUUCAUGCCACGUGGAGCCUACAUCUACAACACGCUCACAGAGUUCAUCAGGGAGGAGUACUGGAGAAGAGGCUUCCAGGAAGUGGCCUCCCCCAACAUCUACAACAGCAAGCUGUGGGAGACAUCAGGCCACUGGCAGCACUACAGUGAAAAAAUGUUCUCCUUCCCUGUGGAGGAGGACACCUUCGCACUCAAACCCAUGAACUGUCCUGGCCACUGUCUGAUGUUCGGCCACAGGCCUCGCUCGUGGAGAGAGCUCCCCCUCAGGUUUGCCGAUUUCGGGGUCCUCCACCGCAACGAGCUGUCCGGAACUCUCACUGGGCUGACCAGAGUGCGACGUUUCCAGCAGGAUGAUGCUCACAUUUUCUGCACUAUGGAACAGAUCGAGUCCGAGAUGAAGGGCUGCCUGGACUUCCUGCGCUGCGUCUACAAUGUGUUCGGCUUCUCCUUCCAGCUUUAUCUGUCCACCCGUCCGGAAAAGUACCUCGGUGACAUCGUUGUGUGGAACCAGGCUGAGAAGCAACUGGAGAACAGUCUCAAUGAGUUUGGGGAGCCUUGGAAGCUCAACCCAGGAGACGGAGCUUUCUAUGGGCCCAAGAUUGACAUUAAGAUCAAAGAUGCCAUUGGACGUUACCACCAGUGCGCAACCAUUCAACUGGACUUCCAGCUUCCCAUCCGCUUCGACCUGACCUUUGUGGGGAAGGACGGUGAUGACAAAUUGCGUCCGGUUAUCAUCCAUCGUGCCAUUUUGGGCUCCGUAGAGAGGAUGAUUGCCAUCCUAACUGAGAACUACGCAGGGAAAUGUUGUAUGACAAACCCAUCAGCGGUCCAUCAAUGGUGACUUACCUCACACUUGGUCCCGUGGGCACAGUUCUGGUUGGAUUUCGGUGAUGAGAAACGUAGUUCCAGUUAGUUGCUGGGGCCACUUAAGUAAAGAGUUUGGCUUCUCAAAAAACUCUUCUCGGAAGAGUAAUACAUUUGCAUGACAAAAAUGUGUCCUGGAAAAAAAUCAGAUCUCACAAAUCGCUCAGCUUUACUUUCUCUGACGUCGUGUUAGUGCGCGCUGUCAGCUGUCCAUUGUUUUGUAUGUGGUAAAGAUGCAGCCGCUGUGAGUGUCGCAGCCAUCUUGUUUACGUACAUGUUCCACAGCGGAUGAAGAUGCGAGGGUUGCAGCCGUCUUCAUCACAUACACACCAAUGGACAGCCGAUGGCGUGCAUUAAUACGACGUCAGAAAGUAUAGUCAAGCGAUUUGUGAGGUCUGAUUUUUUUUUUUUUUCCAAGGAUGCAUUUUUGUCAUGCAAAUGUAUUACUCUGUCGAGCACAUAUUGUUUUGAGAAGCCAAGCUCUCUGCUUGAGUGACCCCAAUAACUAACCGGAACUACGGAACUUCUCAUCACCGAAAUCCGACCAGGACUGGGCUCACCAGACCAAGUAGAGGGUAAGUCACUGUUGAUGGGGGUGUCAUACAACUUCAUGUCAAAAAACCCCAACUAUUCC